AUGCCAUUGUUCCCGACGGUAACCAGCGUUCAUACAGAACGCAUCACACCCCCGCCGGAUUGCCGCAUUCUCCCCAAAAGCACAUUUGAUUACCGUUCUUCAUGUUCGAACAUAUACGCCUGGAACUGGAACGGAUGCCCCUCGGGCUAUACUUCGGCCCACAGCUUCGUCUCCUCGAGGGACUGGAACUAUGUCUACAAGACGUUAUGGCUCACAGGCACCGAUGGCUCUGUCACUAUAGCCUCGAGGGCCACUCCUUGGACUACAGCCUAUGUAAACUUAUUCUGCUGCCCAGACGUAUUGGAAUACAGCCAGAUGUACGGCGGCGGCGACUGCGAAGCGCGGUUGUCGACUGAGCGCGUGCUCGUCUACAGCCCGACCCUGCCCAACAAGCCGCCCACGACGACAACACUGACGCCCUCUCAACAGAACAUGGCUUACGCCGUCACGGCGUCCUUUGCGAGAGUCAGCAGCGGCAGCCUGGCGUUCAACGCCAGGGACGACUCCGGCGACGCGCUGACGGUCUGGUGCAGGGCUUCCAGCUGUCGCGAUGUGCCGUCCGGCCUCACCACCGAAGCGGCGGCCGCCGCCACCGCCACGGAGGCGCCGUUUGUCCUACGCCCGCCGACCGAGAUGGGGAAGUUAGGGUUGAUGGGCAUCGUCGCCGUCGCGAUGCUCCUCGCGCCCCUCUUAUUCGGCGCAUUGCUGCUCGCGCCCUGGAUCCGGAGCUACCGUCAGCGGCGGCGGGCGCAGCAGGUACAAUCUCAGUGA